AUGUUGAAAAAGGAGCUAUUGAAGAGGCAUAUUUUUGGAAAGGUUGCAGCAUAUACGUAUAUUAUUGAAUUUCAAAAACGAGGCCUUCCACACGCUCAUUUUCUUAUCAUUCUUAAACAAGGAAGCAAGAUGUACUCCCCUCAAGCAUAUGAUCGAAUUGUGUGUGCUGAACUUCCUGAUUCUCAUCAUCAGCCAUACUUACAUAGUCUUGUUGUGAAGCAUAUGAUGCAUGGACCAUGUGGGGCAAUGAAUCCAAAAUGUCCAUGUAUGAGAAAAAAUAUAGGUUGUAAGGACAAGUAUCCGAAAGAAUUCAAUGAAUCCACACGUCACAGUAGCAACUCAUAUCCUAUAUACAAACGUGCCGAUGACAAGAAAACAGUCAAAGUUCGUGCUCAUCAUCUGGAUAACAGGUGGGUAGUCCCCUAUAAUCCUUAUCUAUUAUCAAAGUUUAACUGUCAUCUUAAUGUAGAAGUUUGCUCAACUGUUCGAGCUGUCAAGUAUAUUUACAAAUAUAUAUAUAAAGGUCAUGACAAAAUCUUGUAUCAGCUCAAUAAAACUCAGGUCGACCACUCAUUUGAUGAAAUUAAAAGCUUUGUAGCUGCUAGAUGGAUAUCUGCUCCUGAAGCUAUGUGGCGCAUAUUUGCAUUUGAUCUGAAUGAAAUACAUCCAUCAGUGACUUUGCUCCAAGUACAUCUUGAAAAUAAACACCCUUUAGCAUUUCCUGAAAAUAGACCGCUUGAAAGUCUAUUGCAAAAUCCUACUUCUUCAACAACAAUGUUAACCGAAUUUUUUGCAAUGAACAGGCAGGAUGAUCAUGCAAAGUCUUAA